ACUAUGGUCAGUGUGCUGCUGUAAAUGUUUCACAGGACACACAAGUGGAAAAACGAGGAAGUAGCCUGCCUACUGCUGUCACAGCACGACAGGAUGGCGCUCCGGGCAGCUGGAAGUCGUUUGUGGCACUUUCAGAAGAGCUGUUUCAAGGUUACCAGCAUCCACACUCUGGGAACUGUCAGAUACAAAGGAACCUGUCCCAUUGAAGUGAGCCAUCUGGACCAUUUGGUGCUUACAGUGAAAAGUGUCCCAGAUACCAUAAAUUUUUACAGCUCAGUUCUUGGCAUGGAGGUGGUCACAUUCAAGGGAAACCGCAAGGCCCUGAGCUUCGGGCAGCAGAAGUUUAACCUUCACCAGCUGGGUCAGGAAUUUGAACCAAAAGCUAAGCGUCCAACGUCAGGCUCUGCAGACCUGUGCCUCAUCACCAAAACCCCUCUGGCAGCAGUAUCUGCUCAUCUUAAGGUUUGUGGAGUUGUGAUUGAGGAGGGUCCAGUGGAGAGGACUGGGGCUAUGGGGACCAUCACCUCGUUGUACUUUAGAGACCCUGAUCAUAAUCUCAUUGAAGUGUCAAACUAUAUCCAGUCAACAGCAAAGGACUCUUCUUGAGACUUCUUUGUCCUUGUUCACUGACAUGUCACAGUACUUCCCAACACUGCACCAGCCCACCAAAAGCAGUGCUAGUCUAAAGCACAAUGUCCAAUUAUUGUUUUUGCUAUAAGUUGUCUGUAUUUUAAACUGUUAUUUUAAAUAUUAGAGCCAGUUAUGGAACAUUAAGACAGGGUGGAAACAUUGGCUGGUUGUUCAGCCCGGCUUAGGUUUAGCAAAUAAAAGGUUAUAAUGUGUACUAAAGGCUUCAUUUUUUUUUUUUUU